AUGCUGGACAUUCGGAGGUUUGUACAAACAACUUGAAAAAAUAGAUCCGUUUUGUUGUUCUCUCUAGGUUCGACAUCUAUCGGAAGGUUCCGAAGGAUCUCACUCAACCGACAACUGUGGGCGCGCUCAUUUCCAUCUUCUGUGUUCUGUUCAUCUCAUUCAUGAUUUUUAAUGACGUCUUAGCCUACAUUUUCAUUGACCUGUAAGUGAAACUGUGCAUUGAAAAGUUCACUAAAACUGAAUGUUCUGAAGAAGGAGCGAAUUUUUCAUCGACGACCCAGGCCGGGAAGGCAAAAUUGAUGUCCAAGUGAAUGUAUCAUUUCCUCAUAUGCGAUGUGAAUGUACGUGAAUGUUUGCACGUAAUUUUUGACCGAUUUUCGUGUUCAGAUCUCGGAGUGGAUAUACAAGAUGAAAACGGCCGUCAUGAGGUCGGAUUUGUUGACCAUACCAACAAGGUUCCCAUCGGAGACGAGGGAUGUCGCUUCGAGAGCAAAUUUGAGAUUAACAAGGUCCCCGGCAACUUUCAUCUCUCCACUCAUUCGGCAGCAUCACAACCGGAAAACUACGACAUGAGACACGUUAUUCACUCGAUCAAAUUUGGUGAUGAUGUUUCGGUAAGGGCGAGACAAAUCGCGAAAACAAACACAACAGUGAUUAUUUCUAGCACAAACGAUUGAAAGGCAGCUUUGACCCGUUGGCGAACAGGGACACUUCUCAGGAAAACGGACUGAACACGCAUGAGUACAUUCUGAAGAUAGUGCCUUCGGUUCAUGAGGACUACUCGGGCAACAUUCUCAACAGUUACCAGUACACUUUCGGACACAAAUCAUACAUUACUUAUCAUCAUUCUGGAAAGAUCAUUCCUGCAGUUUGGUUCAAGUACGAAUUGCAACCGAUCACGCUGAAACAAACUGAACAAAGGCAGUCUUUCUACGCAUUCCUCACUUCCGUACGUCAUUUCUACUCGAUUAUCACUGAUUGUUUCAUUUCAGAUUUGCGCAGUCGUUGGAGGAACAUUCACAGUCGCCGGUAUUAUCGAUUCGACAUUCUUCACGAUAUCCGAACUCGUCAAGAAACAACAGAUGGGAAAAUUGACUUAA